CUAUAUAAGACUGCCCCUCCCAACGCAGACUUCAGCAUUCGCCAGCCACAGUUUUCAGCGCAGGAGAGGCAGCCAACCAACGAUUACCAGCCAUGAUGAAGUACCUGGUCCUGGCCCUGUGCCUGUUAGCCGCCGCCUUCGCCGCUGAGGAGUCCGCCCCCAAGGAGAAGCGCGGCCUGGCCUACGCCACCGGCCUCGGCUACUCCGCCCCCCUGGCCUACUCUUCUGGACUCUACGGUGGAUACGGAUACGGGUACCCUGGAUAUGCUGCCGGCUACUACGGACUGGGCUACCGCGGUCUGGGAUACGGCGCAAUCGGCUACCAUGGUCUCGGCUACUAUGGUGGCUACCACUACUGAGAUUCGCGCAUUCACGUCCCCCUCCAGUCCUGACAAUCCCCUCACAUCCACUGAGCCCAGCCAGCAAGUAACUUCCAACAUACACUUGAGUAUAUGAGAUCUGAUGUUGAUCAUUUCCAGCUGUUGCAGUAGCUCGUAAUCGUCACAAUCGAAAAUAAAUCAUUUCCAACUUAUAAAACUA